UUUCCAAAGUGACCUAACAAAUCUUCAUCUUAUGCCAGUUAGAGGAUUUCUGUGAAAAUGCGUUGGUUUUUACGAAGGGCAGGGCUGCCCUUCUGUGCUUUCGGAGUCGCUUUAUUAGGGAAGCACCGUGCCGACUUCGUCUUCCUUGCAUUGCCUGAUGGGUUAAGUCCUGUCGAAGAAAAAAGGACUAAGUGCAGAGGAAAAGAGAACCCGCAUGAUGGAAAUAUUUUUUGAGACGAAAGAUGUAUUUCAAUUAAAAGACAUGGAGAAGAUUGCUCCCAAAGAAAAAGGCAUUACUGCUAUGUCAGUAAAAGAAGUCCUUCAAAGCUUGGUUGAUGAUGGUAUGGUUGACUGUGAGAGAAUUGGAACAUCUAAUUAUUAUUGGGCUUUUCCAAGUAAAGCUCUUCACGCCAGGAAACGUAAGCUGGAGGUUCUGGAAUCUCAGUUAUCUGAGGGAAACCAAAAGCACGCAAACCUGCAGAAAAGCAUCGAGAAAGCUAAAAUUGGCCGACAUGAAACGGAAGAGCGAACCUUGCUAGCAAAAGAGCUUUCUUCACUUCGAGACCAAAGGGAACAGCUAAAGGCCGAAGUAGAAAAAUACAAAGAAUGUGACCCGCAAGUUGUGGAAGAAAUACGUCAAGCAAAUGAAGUGGCCAAGGAAGCUGCUAACAGAUGGACUGGUCCUUACAUCACAGACAGUACAGCACUGUGGACAGAAAGGAGGAUGUUAAGUACACUUUCCAGAGCAGACUGGAUUUCAAAUAUCCUGAGCUGUCGUCAUACCUCAUGGCAGGAAACGGCAACAACAAAACACCAUGUGCCGGGCACUUUUCUACAGGCUUAUACACAUGAGCUCAUUUUCUGCCACAACUUAUGAGGUAGAUGAUGAUUCUCUCC